AUGGUGGAUGCGUUGCUACGAACGCUACGAUAUCGCUUUCGGCGGAGUUCAAGUCUUGCCACUAAAUACCUUAACGAUACGAAUACGGUAAACUUGGCAAUAGAAGAUGAGCUGGCAGUAUUAAAUGAUUUGGACAAGAAGGACAAGCGUAAGAAGACUCACAGCUGGCCAAAUGGAUCGAUUACGAAAAAAGAAGCCAAACAAGGUGCCAGGACUGCGAAACAAGCCGAGACUCUGAUAAACGUUACUGCUGUGUGCUUACCAAAUGAGAAAAUUGAUAAGGGUAGGUUUUGA